UCCGCUGCACUGCAUCAGAAAUCUCAGAGCAUCCAAAGGGAGAGAAAGCCAGUCUAAACACAGUCAAAGCUUUGUAAAGAGAGUCAUUGGAAGUUGUACUCAUCUUUGCGCACUUUACUCUCUCUCUAGACUGGAAAAUUGUGUUAUUCUAGGGUUUUCGUUGCUUCACGCUUCCUCUCGGUUAUUCCUUGUGGAUCAAAAGCUUCUCAGGUCGUGGAAUGUGAGCAAUUCCUAUUUGCAGGAUUGAAGAAGCUGAUGGUUUGUGGUUUGCGACGUGACGUUUGAGCAUCUCGUUCGUUUUAUUUAACUGAUAUGGCUUCUGGUGGAAAGAUGAAUUCGGUAGCUGGAAGACCUAAGCCUGAUGCAAUGCUUGUUGACAAACUACCUGAGGAAAUCAAUGAGAUGAAGAUCAAAGACGAUAAACAGGAAAAGGAUAUGGAAGCUACUAUAGUGGAUGGAAAUGGAACUGAAUCAGGCCACAUCAUUGUAACAACUAUUGGCGGUAAAAAUGGUCAGCCCAAGCAGACCAUUAGCUACAUGGCAGAGCAGGUUGUUGGACAGGGUUCGUUUGGAAUUGUCUUCCAGGCUAAGUGCCUAGAAACUGGAGAAACAGUUGCAAUUAAAAAGGUCUUGCAGGAUAAGAGAUAUAAGAAUAGGGAACUUCAGACAAUGCGCCUUCUAGAUCACCCUAAUGUCAUUUCACUCAAGCACUGUUUCUUUUCAACCACAGAGAAGGAUGAGCUUUAUCUUAAUUUAGUUCUUGAGUAUGUACCCGAGACAUUGUAUCGUGUAUCAAGACACUACAGCAAAGCAAACCAGAGGAUGCCUAUGAUUUAUGUCAAGCUCUAUACAUAUCAGAUCUUUAGAUCUUUGGCUUACAUCCAUGGUAUUGGAGUUUGCCACAGGGAUAUAAAGCCUCAGAACCUGCUGGUAAAUCCUCACACCCAUCAGCUGAAGCUCUGUGAUUUUGGAAGCGCCAAAGUUCUGGUGAAAGGUGAACCGAAUAUUUCAUACAUCUGUUCUCGCUAUUAUCGUGCACCUGAGCUGAUCUUUGGAGCUACUGAAUACACAACUGCGAUUGACAUAUGGUCUGUGGGCUGUGUUCUUGCAGAACUACUUCUUGGGCAGCCUCUCUUUCCUGGUGAUAGUGGUGUUGAUCAACUUGUCGAAAUAAUCAAGGUUCUUGGGACCCCAACCCGUGAGGAAAUCAAAUGUAUGAAUCCAAAUUACACAGAAUUCAAGUUCCCACAAAUCAAGGCUCACCCAUGGCACAAAAUCUUCCAUAAACGCAUGCCACCUGAGGCUGUAGAUCUCGUCUCAAGGCUUCUCCAGUACUCUCCAUACCUGAGGUGUACUGCGUUGGAAGCUUGUAUCCAUCCAUUCUUUAAUGAGCUCCGCGAUCCCAAUACUCGUCUUCCUAAUGGCCGUCCAUUGCCACCUCUAUUUAAUUUCCGGCCCCAAGAGCUGAAAGGAGCAGGUCCAGAACUCCUAUCCAAAUUGAUACCAGAACAUGCAAAAAAGCAGUGUGCCUGCCUUGUCUAGGUUGUGUUGUAACUUUUAUGGAGUAUUUAUCUUGUGUAUACUUGUAAUGAUUUGCAACUACCAAAUUGUAUUAUCUGCAGUGGCUGAAGAUUUAGGAUGCUCUUCAAUACUUCAUUAAAUACUCGACUGACUUAUGACUUAAGAAUACUGUUACCCCUGAUUGUUGUACCUCUUUCUUUUUGCUUAGACCUGCUGAAUGCUGAUGGCUUGGCCCCAGCCUCGUGUUUCUGUAUUUGCUGAUUAACAAAGCUAUUUGUAUUUCUGUUGCGGGUUGAAUAAUUAUGCUAGCUUACCAUAAA